AUGCGCCAGAAGCGGUGGGUCCCGCAGGUCCUGUGGCGCUUAUUCCGACACCGAGCGCGCACACUGUCUAGCGCGAUCGCGGCUAUGCUUCCUCCUCCGCCCUCCGCGGCGGAGUGCCGGUACUGCAAGGGCUCGCGUUGCCUCCGCUGCAGCGCCGAAGCGAUGUCGUUCCUGGUGAGGCCUGACGACCCCUCCGACUACUUCAGGCUCUUGAAUCGCUGCUUCGUUGUUAUGUCCGAUGAUGCGCCUCCUCUCUUGGAUUUCGAUCCUCGCUCUCGCUGGUCCCAAGCUCAGAUUGUUCAAAGGACUAUUGAAAUGAUAAUGUACGAGCAGCCCAUGUCUUCCAAUGUAAUAUGCAACAGUUAUGAUAAGAGUAAUCACUCAAGCCCCAUUAUGGAAGUUCUAUCUUCUACGGCUUGGUCUCUUCUCUUAGAAAGGGUUGGGGAUGAUGUCAUGGUUUAUCUUCUAAAGUAUACAUCAAUCUUUGUACCACUUCCUCAUAAUAAGCACCAUCAAGUGGCAGGUCCUCCUAUAAGUACUUUAUGCCUCAAGUUGUUGAAGCAAACGUCAGAGUCUCAGUAUCAGCAUACUUCACUCGUUCAAUUUGGAUCCAAAAAGAAGAGGUCGUUUGUUGGCAAUGUCAACUCAAUGUUAGAUAUACAGAAUUUCAGUAGUUCAUUUAGUAUUGCUUAUCCCUCAAGUUCCAUAAACUGUGUGGAUUCCAAUGAUGGGAUUAGUCUAACAACAUCUAGUCAGCUUCAUCGAGGUAAGCACUCUCAAAUGAGUUUAUCCGAAGCAGCUACACCAGUAAUUGGAAGUGGUAUCAAUAACACUGAUGGAGAUUCAAAUGAGGAACUUCAUGAAAGCUCAAAUCAGAUUUCAGCUCAGUUUAGAAAGCGUUCAAGGCCGUUUAGUUGGCAGCGUCAAAGAAAGCGAAGGCAUUUAGAUUUUGAAAAGACUAGGGUUAAGACCUCUUUUGCAACAAUUCUUACCGAUAAAGAUGGCUUAUCUGGGGGGCUCCAAAGUGGUGCAAAUUCCAGCUCAAGUCCUUGCCGUGAAAAGAUGCCAUGGCAAUGCUCUUGUUUUUUGGUAUUGCAAGCUCCCCAGUCCCAGUUUGUCGCCAAAGGGGCUUAUAUUAACAGGCAAUCAAUAUUUUAUGACUCGGAAUGUUCUUCAUCAGUUUUUCCGCGAAAUCAUAUACUAAGUUCUUUAAAGCCCAAUCUUUCUAGUGCAAAGGUUCUCGCUGGCAAUAUCUUUGGCUUAUGUGAAGUAAAUGCAAGUGGUCAGUCAAUGCCAUGCUUCCAGAGUAGUGGCUUUUGUCCCAUUGGAUCUGCAUGCCAGUACCUCUCACUUGUUAAGUUGCUUAAAAGUCUCAUACACAGGGCACAGUGUUGCCAACAUUUGAGAUUAUUGGAUAAGCAUUGUGUUGUUCCAGCAUUUGACAGAUAUGCUACUGGAAAAUCUAGCACUAUUUUUGAGGGGAAUCAAUCAAAGAAAAAUGUUCUUGAGAAAUCACAUGGUUUCAAUACUGCAAAUUGCGAGCAAACUUCAAAAACCAUUGAGCCUCAGUUUGAGGCAAAUAAGUCUUAUUGCUUGAGAAGUCAGGUAGUGUCGUUUAUAUGGGCUGUUAUUAGGUGUAUAGUUCCUACAGAGUUGUUAGGAAUUUCUUAUAACUGGAGAAUGUUAAGGAGAAAUAUUGACAAGUUUAUUCGGCUACGAAGAUUUGAGAAAUUUUCAUUAAAGCAAUGCAUGCAUCGAUUGAAAACGUCGAACUUCCCAUUUCUAUCGACUCAACGUUCGUCGUGCUUCUUGAGUAAUCAAGUGCUAAAAUAUACCAUGAGGCAGAGUGUAGACAUGAAUUCGGAAUUUACAAGAUUGAAUGAUGCUACACAUGUUUUGAAACAUAAACAUUUGCAAAGCUGGAUUUUUUGGCUCUUUUCAUGUCUAGUUGUGCCACUGGUGCAAGCGAACUUCUAUGUCACUGAAACUGAGUUUGGGAAACAAGAUGUAUAUUAUUAUAGAAAGUCAGUUUGGGAGAAGUUGACAAAUAGGGCCAUCUCUUGCUUGAAAGAUCGGAGCUACCAUGACUUGGAUGCUGCAGCUGUUAGAAACAUUAUAAGCAAAAGACCAUUUGGUUUCUCAAAGCUCAGACUUCGUCCAAAAGAAAAUGGAAUGAGGAUGCUGGCAAAUCUAACGGCAUCAUCAAGAAUGCCUGCACACAAGUCCGGCUUGGAAGCUCAAUAUUGCGGAAUGCAUAGAAAUGGAAAAUUUUGUCCUAAGAAAGUUAAAUUUAAUCAUUUCAAGUCUGUAAAUGCUGUUCUUCGUGAUACACAUACUGUUUUAAAAGGUCUACAGUUGGAAGAACCAGAGAAGUUAGGGUCAUCAGUAUUUGACUACAAUGGUGUCUAUAGAAAGUUAUGUCCAUUUCUAAUUGGUCUUAAGGAUAGACUGAAAACCAGGCCUGGUGUAUUUGUUGUUGUUUGUGAUGUACUGAAAGCAUUUGAUUCUGUUGAUCAGGAUAAGCUCCUUUGGGUAAUGAAAGAUGUCAUACUGAAGGAUGAAUAUCUUCUUAAACAGUCUGAUCAAGUAGUCUGCACAAAGAAAUCUUUGUGGGUUCAUAAGAACCUUGUAUCGAUGGAUCAAAAUAUCAGCGCUGCCAGAGUCACAUCCUCCACUCCCUUCUGUUCACGGCAUAUUGUCCUUGUCAAUGAGAAGUGGAGCAGAUGCAUGAAAAAAGAAGAGCUAUUUUUUACUCUAAAGGAGCAUGUUAAGUACAAUGUGCUGCGAUUGGACAAAAAGUUUUACUUGCAAGGUGUUGGUAUUCCACAAGGAAGUAUUUUGUCAUCUCUGCUUUGCUCAUUAUACUAUGGACAUCUGGAAAGGAAUGUGAUCUUUCCAUUUCUUGAGAAAACUUGUGAGCCCACUGCUGAAGAUAUAUCUAGAAGACAUAUUUCUCAUGAUGCUUCUGCACAUGAAAGCAUUGAGGAUAAAUUUGACUCUCCCCCUAAUUAUAUACUUCUUAGAUUUCUUGAUGAUUUCCUUCUCAUUUCAACCUCAAAGAAGCAGGCUGCUAGCUUCUUUUCGAGGUUGCGAAGAGGAUUUCGUGAUUACAACUGCUACAUGAAUGAUGAUAAAUUUUGUCUCAAUUUUGAUAUCGAACACACAUCAGGGAUUCCAUCAAACAGGGUUUAUGUGGGUGAGGAUGGUAUUUCAUUUCUUCGAUGGAGUGGAUUGCACGUCAACUGCUCAACUUUAGAAGUUCAGGCAGACUACACAAAGUAUCUGAAUAACCAUUUAAGUUCGACUCUUACUGUCUGCUGGCAAGGCAAACCGGGCCGUCAUCUGAAGAGAAAACUCUGUGGUUUUAUGAGACCUAAAUGCCAUCCCAUAUUCUUCGAUUCAAAUAUAAAUUCCGCAGCUGUGGUCAGAUUGAAUAUAUAUCAAGCGUUCUUGCUAUGUGCAAUGAAGUUUCACUGUUAUAUUUGUGACUUAUCGUACUUGUGCAAACUUAGCACCGGAUUCUAUUUAUCCAUUAUUGAAAGAUCUUUGAGGUAUAUGGAUGUGCUCAUAAAGAAACGGAUUCGUUCUGCCUACUGUGGAUCUGAUUUCCGGCCAAUUCUUCACAUGGAGGAGGGAGAAGUUCAGUGGCUUGGAUUAUUUGCAUAUAUUCAAGUACUGAAGAGAAAACAGUCACGGCAUAAGAAGUUGCUAUCUUCACUAAGGUCUAGGUUGGAACACAGAAUGCCCGGGAGUGUGUCAUCUCAACUAAAGUACGCAGUUAAUGCCUCGCAUUCCUCUUUAAUUUGGAAAAUUAAGUACUAAACUCAGGUAUGUUACGAGUAGUAUAAAAAUUGAAACUUUUUCUUUUCA